AUGUUAGGCCCUCCUUCACGACUUCACCCUAGACCUUACCCAUUGGUUCUUGAAAUUUUAGAAUCAAGAGCUAACAAAAAGUUGACUAAUGAAUACAAGAAGGAAACAACACAAGCAUGGGCUCACCUUGAGUCAUUACAGGAUAUCAAUCCUUCCAUGAUCGACUUACAACCAGAAAUCCAAUGGUUCAUGAGGCCUUUCCUCUUGGACUUCAUUGUAGAAUUACACUCGCUGUUCAAGUUGCAGCCACAAACUUUGUUCCGCUGUUUCAAUAUCGUUGACCGAUACUGUGCAAAGAGAAUUGUGUUCAAGAGACACUAUCAGUUGGUUGGAUGUACCGCGCUCUGGAUUGCUGCCAAGUACGAAGAUAAGAAGUCAAGAGUGCCCACCUUGAGAGAAUUGGCCUUGAUGUGUAGGAAUGCAUAUGACGAGGAGAUGUUUGUUCAAAUGGAAAAGCAUAUCUUGUCCACAUUGGAGUGGUCUUUGGGAAGACCAACUUUGGAAGAAUGUUUACAAUUAUCGGUAGAAUUCUGCAAUGAUUUGACUAAAAACACCACUCCAUUUAGAUACAACAAACCAGCCCCUAUCAAAACUCCUACAUCUUCAUCAACCUCAUCCUCGGCAGCAGCUGCUGCCAUUGCAUCUGCUUCAGGUUCAGGCAGUUCAUCCUCUACUACUUCGGCAAUUAUAGCUAUAUCUAGAUUCUUAUGUGAGCUUUCGCUUUAUCUGAGACCAUUCUUGGAAUUUGAGACAUGUCAGGUGGCAGUUACUGCUAACAUGUUGGCUUGCACAAUGUUGCAAAUUCCUUCUGCAUCUAAGGCAUUUCAACAUAUCUCCCGUAAGGUUAAGCAACAUCAGCAAGCAAACUUAAAUAAGAUGGAUGAGGAUAUCAACGAAGAAGAGGAAAACACUAUGCCCGAAGUGUAUGGAGCAUUCCUCUGUGGAUUUGACGAUAACACUAUCUACAAAAUACGUAAAAUCUCACUCACAUUUAUGCAAGCAUUAAACAACAUUACAGAUGUUUUAAGUAACAAGUACAAGCCAUUGGGAGUAUUGGCGGUUGUUCAAAAUUAUGUCAAUAAGAAUAUUAGUCUUUUAGAAAACUUACACGGCAUGACUGAAGAAGUCAACAAUUUCUCAUCUACACAGGUGACGAACACAAGUUUAACUUGUCUUGCGGACACAUUCUUACUGUUGAAUUUGCCAACGAUAUCGUUGACUAGUAUUAGCAAUAAUGGGGCCGGAACGAUAGAGUCAAAGGCAAACAUGCAUCAACCAAAUAACAAUUAUCCUACUGCCAGUAACGACAUCUUACCGGUGACACCUCCAUCCACUUCACAAUCCUUAUUUUCGGAUCAUAAUUCAUCUUCAUCGUCUAUUAUAACCCCAACCACAAAUAACUAUAAAGUUAACCCAUUUUAUUCGUUUUCCCCUGCCGAGUGUGCUCCUGUUAUGGAGGCAAGCCCAUACUAUGAGAAAGAAACUAGAUAA